ACGCUCCUCCUCUCGCCGCCGUGCCGAAGCCCUCUGCAGGCUUGCACCAACUUUCCCCGAGACAAAGCCUUGUUCAGCGUGUCAGCUUGGAGGCAACAUGGCAGAGUUUGGCGUGCAGGCCGAGAAAAGAAGAAGAAACGAGGGAAUUGUGAUCAACGACGAGUGGCCAGGUUACAGUUUAGACCUCUUCAGCUACCCAGCCCACUACUCCGGAGACCUAGACUGUGUCAUCGUCCCGCAUGGCGUGAUUAUGGACAGGACGGAACGCCUUGCUCGAAACAUCAUGGACGAUCUGGGGGACCACGACAUCGUGGUUCUGUGCGUGCUGAAAGGAGGCUACCAGUUCUGUGCCGACCUGGUUGACCGGAUCAAGGUUCUGAGCUGCAACUCCAACCAAACCAUCCCCAUGAGGGUUCACUUCAUCCGGCUCAAGAGCUACCUGAAUGACCAAUCGACAGAGGAUCUUCACAUAGUUGGAGCGGAUGAUCUGUCGUUUUUAGCUGGAAAGAACGUACUGAUUGUGGAGGGCAUCGUUGGUACAGGAAAGACGAUGGAAACCCUCCUGAAGCAUGUUGAAGCCUUCAGGCCCAAAAUGAUCAAAGUAGCAGGACUGCUGGUGAAGAGGGUGCAGAAUAGAUCUACAUGUGUGCCUGACUUUGUCGGCUUUGAGAUACCCAAUCGUUUUGUCGUCGGCUACGCCUUGGACUACAAUGAGUAUUUUAGAGACCUAAACCACAUAUGUGUGAUCAGUGAAAGUGGAAAGAAGAAAUAUAAAAUUUAAAGAGAAGGGAUCAUCGCACGUCCUACAGCAAAUCCACAUGUCCUUCAAGAGGCCAUUCAUAAAUAACAUCGCAUCUCCUGUGGGCCUGCAGCAUUUCUCCUGUCAACAUCUUUCAAUAAAACAAUGAUCUGAUCAUUUCAGCAAAAUAAAAAAGAUUUAUCAAAAUGAAAUGUUUACCAUCACAAUAUUUUUUGUGAUAGAAAAUAAUGCAUUUUUAAAAUAUUUGCUUUAUAGUCAGUAUUAAAAGUUUAUGACCCAUUGUUUUACUUUAAAUGACAGCAUAGGAGCAAUUUGAAAGGCAGUUUUCAGCUUUUUAUAGCAUAAAAUAAUUGUUUAUUUUUCUUCACUGUUACUUUUUUAAGUUUUAUUUGGGAACUCUUCUGUUACAAUUAAGGCUCAGGGUCAAACUGUUUAGUAUUAACUAUGUGCUGCUAACUACCUCUAUUUUCCAGUUUUUGAUUUGGGAUACUUUCGACUUUUUCAACAUUUAAUAAAGUUGUUUAACAAA